CCAAAAUCUUAUGGCAGCGCACAUGUUGUUGUCGAACUAUCGAACGUACAACGAUAGAACGUCUCGUGUGAUGUCAGGACGUAUUUAACAUUUUACAUACAGAUAAUCAGGUUAUUGUGUGUGCCACAAAGAUAAUAAUUCUUGUCAAUGCACACAGUCAUGUAAUCGACCUUGCGUCUACGAAAGCUAAACUUGCACUGCAAUGUACUGGUUAGUGCUCUUUGUUAGUGUGCAGCUGAUGCCAGUCAUCAGCAGUGUCAUUUUACCACAUUUUAAUUGCACGUACACGGCUUCAGGAUCAUCAAAAAGCUUUGAAUUAGACUGUCAAGCAGAACGCUUCCAGUUCCCUACAACAUUCAACGUUACCGCAAUCCCGAAAGCGGUUAAGAGCAUUGCGAUACGAUGCCUGCCCACUGACGAGCUCGCUCGGUACUGCGCUGAAAUUGGGCAGGACUUUCAACCAAUUCCUCAACUGGAAGUUUUGGAACGCGUCCACCUGAGCGGAUUCCAAAGCGCCAAUCAAAGCGCUCCACCGAUUGGCAAGCUGCUGGAUCGAGUGAGACACCAGAUUGUUUACUUAAAGAUCAGCAACAGCCGCAUCGACUUUGUGGAUGCCGACCUUUUUCGAGGAUUCCGAUCAUUGAGGCACCUUGAUUUUAGGAACAACCACAUUCGGAGGAUCGCUAUCAAUGCAUUUCGUUCGUUGACCAGUUCGGUUGAUUCGCCGACAAAGAAAACGGAGCUGUCGAAAUUGCGCAAUCUAGAUUUAGGUGGAAAUGCACUGGAAGAAUUAGACUGGUCUGUUUUCAAGCCGCUUUCGCGGAGUCUCAAUUAUUUGGAUCUCAGUUGUCAAGAACCACCGCUUAAACGUCUCAAGAUCAGCUCUUCUGCAUUCGAGCUGACCUUAGUGGAAUUAUUGCUGGAAAACAAUGACCUAAAAAGAAUUCCUAAAGAAGUGCUAGCCACUAUUAAACCGUGGCGCGUUCCAGUUUCUGAGCUUGAAAAUAGAGCUGCAAAGAGUAAUUUUUACAACUUCCAGGGGAAUAAUUUGUGCUCAGAAUCAGACUGCUCGUGUUGUGAAAUGAAAGACUUCUUAGCGUGGGGCAAAAGCCUGCAUGCCCGUGCUCCAGACAGGUCGCCGUCUGUGCCUUAUACGGUCACCUUCAGCUGUGGGGAGAUGAUGAUGGAUGAUCCGUUCGCUGUGGAUUUCGUAGUUUUUCAACACUGUCCACCCAAUUAGGAAUGACAGGCUUCUCCUAUGUAGAUUUUGUCCAUACUGAAAGACCAACAAUGUAAAACGCAAGACGGAUAUGGCCCGGAAUGCCUAAAAUGGCUUUAUUCUUGAUGUUUCUGCUAAAUGUUUUUCUGGAUUAACUACACAGGGACAACGAUGGUUUCAUCGUCACCUGAUCACGUCAAAGAAAUUUUAGUUCGCGUACAAUUAGUGGGUAAUACAGAGAGACAUGCUGAUUGCUUUGAAUAUGAAACGGGCUUGUGCGUGACGUAGUGGUUUGGCAGAAAACCAAGAAGGUGGUUUGGUGGUUUAGCGGGAAAAUACUCGACAAUAGUUA